AUGAACCACCGAACAUGAUCCUGUUGCUCAGGGACUGCGAGCAGCUCGGUUUCAGGCCCUCGCGUCUGCAAGCAUGACUGCGAGGCUUUAUAUAGCCGCGCAAGCCCUAUAUAAGCUGGAACUCAGGUCCGCUCAAGCAGGGGCGCUCACACAGAUCCUCUGGCCGGCAGACUUCUCACUCACACCUACUGAGGUGGGGUCCCCACAGAGACAGCCAGCUCAGCCCCAGGAUGCCGAGCAGAACCGUGCGCUAUGCCCGAUACAGCCCCCAGCAGCGGCGGCGGAGGCUGCUGGCUGACCGCAGCGUGCGGUUCCCCAACGAGGUUCUCUUCCUGGACCACAUCCGCCAGGGCGACCUGGAGCAGGUGGGGCGCUUUAUCCGGCUUCGGAAAGUGUCCUUGGAAACGAUCCACCCCUCAGGCCUGGCUGCUCUGCACGAAGCUGUGCUGUCCGGGAACCUGGAAUGUGUGAAGCUGUUAGUCAAGUAUGGCGCCGAUAUUCACCAGCGGGAUGAGACUGGCUGGACACCACUGCAUAUCGCUUGCAGUGAUGGGUACCCCGACAUAGCCAGGUACCUCAUCUCUUUGGGGGCAGACAGAGACGCAGCCAAUGAUGACGGCGACCUGCCUUCUGACCUUAUCGACCCGGACUUCAAGGACUUGGUGGAACUCUUCAAAGGAACCAGCAUGGACUGAGCCAGCCCUGCACGCUGGGGCUUGCGCCUCCUGGAGAAGUGGCAUGCACCUUCCCCCGGGGCCAGGGAGUCGGCCAGGCCAGUUAGGACUUG